UGAAACGAACUGAAACAUGAACUGCAACGGGUUGGAUCGAAUUGCAGGAACACAACGAUUCCUGACGGGCAACGGCCAUAAUCCACCAAUCUUAAGGGAGAAUGAAUUGUUGGACGUUCCUGCUUUUCCUCAUUCCUGGGAUCGUCACCGUCAAGGCGAAAGCAUUAAAUCAUCGAUCCUGGGGCUCAGGAGAAUUGGCUCGAAUGCAACCCCAAGGAGGGAUUCUGGGCGACUAUGGACAAUACAUAUUUGGAAGCGGGCAAGACAUCAAGCUCCUCUGCACUUUGACAGAUGCUGGAUUGAAUGAGGGACUCAAAACCAGUGACCUCAGAUUCAAGACACCCUCUGGUGACGUCGUGAAGCCUAGCCUCAUCUCGAAUAACGCAACGGUGUUGUUAAUUAUCGUUAAUGCAACUGCACCUGCUUCCGGUCGGUAUUAUUGCGGGAACGUUUCCGACGACGAGAAGUUCUCCAUGCUUCACACUGUGCCCUUGGAAAUCGGCUGAAUACAGCCGGAAGGAGGGAUUCUGGGUGACCUUGGACAAUACAUAUUUGGAAGCGGGCAAGACAUCAAGCUCCUCUGCACUUUGACAGACGCUGGAUUGAAUGAGGGACUCAAAACCAGUGACCUCAGAUUCAAGACACCCUCUGGUGACGUCGUGAAGCCUAACCUCAUCUCGAAUAACGCAACGAUGUUGUUAAUUAUCGUUAAUGCAACUGCACCUGCUUCCGGUCGGUAUUAUUGCGGGAACGUUUCCGACGACGAGAAGUUCUCCAUGCUUCACACUGUGCCCUUGGAAAUCGGCUUUCCCCCGCUGAAGUUGAAAUCCUGGCGUUGUUGGUCGAAGCAGUUGGAGCUACUCUAUUGCCAUUGGUCGAAACUGGAGAAUCCCGUUUGGACGGAUUAUUUUUUCUACAUACAGACCGAUGGGACGAAGAUGACAGAAUGCCGGCAGGCGGAUCCUGCUAAAGAGGAAUGCGAGGCGAAGAAAGGCCAGACUCCUCCUUAUCGUCCCGGUGAGACAGAAGCGAACAUCACAGUGAAAGCCCAGAAUGUGCUCGGCCAUAGAGUCUUCACUUACCCCUUCGAUCACUACCGGAACAGUAAGAUCCAGGCGUUAGAGAAUGCCGCCUUGCGGGCAGUGGAUGCGGAGACACUAGACGUCACCUGGGAUCUCCCGGCUGACCUGCAUUUCUACAACGUCUCCAUCGUCCAUAACAUUCGAUGGGUUCCCCGCUCGUGGCCCGAGGAGCUUCAUUACGUCAGCGAGACGAAUUACACGAUCCCAGGAGCUUCAAUACAGAAGUCCUGGAACUAUACUUUGACCGACCUCAUACCUCAUACCGUCUAUCAUGUCGAGAUCAAGGCCGUUGUAUUAGAAGCAGAAUUCCUGGAUCUCUGGUCUAAUACUUCUGAGGCCUACAAAGGAACUCUGCCUAAAGCACCAGACAGGAGCCCAGAAGUGCCGAUAGGAAGCUUCCACGUAAAUCGGAUUGGCGGGAGCCUUAGAGAUAUUUACCUUUACUGGAUCCCUCUCAAGGACUGGGAGCAUUACUCAGACAACUUCUCCUAUCUGGUAGAAGGGCUGGAAAUGCCAACAAAGAAGAAGGUCCAGCCGGAAUUUGUGUGGAACACAUCCGCCGUGUUCAGGAACCUGAGCGCCGAGUCAUCCUAUCAAUUCUACAUCGUUUCCAGCAACGAAAUGGGAAUGUCUCCACAAAGGUCCAUCAUUGGCGUCGACAAGGAAAAGAACCGGAUCCCAAGUCCGACUAUCCGGAAAGAGACCUUAACGGAUGAUGGGAGGUAUUUGCUUGAAUGGAAAGCACCUGCAGAAGGGACGACGACAAAUUUCACUGUGUUUUGGUGUCCUUCCCCUCCACCUUGGCCCACCUGUGAUUCGAACAUCAACUGGUUGCUUGUUUCCAAGUACAACACCACGUUCGAGUUGGAAUCAACCGUAUCCUUCAAAUUCGCUGUGUCGGCCAACGGAGAAUUUGGGCACAGUGGAAUGGGUUGGGAGAGGACAGAGCAUGAGCCAGAAUCAGGUCUGAAUCUCCUUGCGUCUGCUCUGAUGAUCGCUGUCUUCAUUGUGGCGGCUGAAGACACCAUUUCACGAGAUGAGGGAUAUCCACGCAAUCCUGGGAAAUUCUAA